AUGGCGAGAACGAAGCAUUUCGCAAGACGAGGUCAGAAUCGAACAGAUUUCGAAUCUGAAAUUGUAGAUGCUAACGUUUCCUCUUCGCCGGCGGCAGGUCCGAGUACGACUCCGGCGAGAAGGGCUAGUGAAGAUGGAGAUGAUGCUCAACAAACAACUCCUGCAACUUCACCAGCUACUGGUAGUAAAAAUAGUAAAGGAGGAGCUAAGAGAACUAUGCCACAAAGUUCACAGAAGAAGCCUCAUCGAUACAGGCCAGGAACCGCUGCUCUGAGAGAGAUUCGCAAAUUCCAGAAGUCCACAAAACUUCUAAUUCCUGCUGCUAGUUUUAUCAGAGAAGUGAAAGAUAUAACCUAUACUUAUGCUCCUCCGCAAAUCACUCGUUGGACAGCUGAAGCUCUUGUAGCUAUCCAAGAGGCGGCAGAAGAUUACUUAGUUGGUUUGUUCUCAGAUUCAAUGCUUUGUGCUGUUCAUGCAAGACGUGUUACUCUAAUGAGAAAAGACUUUGAGCUUGCACGCCGGCUUGGAGGAAAAGGCAGACCAUGGUGA